GGACAUCGAUAACAUCAUGGACGAAGGUCAACAAACCGAUUCUUGUUUUGAUGAUGGUGAUGAUCAAGAAAUGAUUGAAAAUGACAAUGAUGAUGAUGAUGAUGAUUUUCAAAUUAAUCGAAGCAAUAGCAGCAACAGCAGCAGCGGCAGCGGCGUCGGUAGUAUCAACAACGAUCUUAAUAAUGAUGCUACGACAAGUAUCUGUGGUACAAUUUCACCAUUAAUAACCGCAUUUGAUUCAAGUAAUAAUUCAUCACCGAUUCCAAUUUCAACAUCAGUAUCGAUGAUUGGUGGAUCAUCAAGAAACGAUCCAUUGAUGAGUGCAACCGAUUUAAAUGUUCGUUAUCAUCAUAAUCUUCAUCAUCAUUUUAUGAUGAUGAAUAAAUGUUCGAAAGAAUUGAACAAAAAAAUGACUAUGAUUCCGGUUACAUCGACAAUUGAUUCAAAUUUGAAUUCAACAACUUCUUCGGUAACAACUACUGGUGGUGGUGGUGGUGGUGGUGGUAAUGGUAAUGGUAGCAAUCCCAUCAUGAAUUUUGAUUUCGCACUACCACCAAUCACCGCUACAGAUAUGAUGUCCGGUAAUUUAGCAACAUCAACAACAUCGGCUACAGAUCUUUUUUUCUCUUAUCAACAACAAUUAUUGGCGGCUAGAAAUGCCGCUGCUGUUGCUGCAUUUAAUGGAAAUUCGACAAAUUUGAAUCCAUUUACGAAUACAUUUUUGACAAAUGGUAAUGGUAAUCAACAUCAACAGCAAUUAGGAUCACAAUUUUCUACCACUAGUCCAUUAUUCAAAUCAUCAAACAAUCAAGCAUCAGCAGCUGCUUCAUUGGUGACAAGUUAUAUGCAAAAUAGCCUAUUACAUUCUAUGGCGGCCGCUGGUCAAUUGCAUCCAUUGAAUCUAACAUUUGCAACACCGACCAUAACGCCGUCAUCAACAACUGUUAACCGUCAUAAUUCAAUACAACAGAAUUUGAUAGAAGAAACAAACACACAGACAUCGACACAACAACAACAACAACAAGUUCCUGUGAAUACAAAUAAUACUCAUCGUUCAAAUCAAGGUGAAAUAUCAAAACAAUCACAACAGAAUCAUCAUCAUCAUCAUCAUCACCACCAACAGCCUACAUCAUCAAAAUCGGAUGAUACGACAAAAUCACCGGAACCAAUAUCUGCUGGUAAAUGUUCUAAUAACGGUAGUAAUAAUAAUAAUGUCAAUGGUAAUGAUGGUGGUGGUGGUGGUGUUGGUGGUAAACAACCGAAACCAACAAUGAAUCCAUCGAAUCUUUUAUGUGUUGUUUGUGGUGAUUUAAGCAGUGGUAAACAUUAUGGUAUAUUAGCUUGUAAUGGUUGUUCCGGUUUCUUUAAACGUAGUGUUCGACGUAAACUUAUUUAUCGAUGUCAAGCUGGUACUGGAAAUUGUAUUAUUGAUAAACAACAUCGAAAUCAAUGUCAAGCUUGUCGAUUAAAGAAAUGUAUUUCUAUGGGUAUGAAUAAAGAUGCCGUACAAAAUGAAAGACAACCAAGAAAUACGGCCACAAUACGUCCUGAAGUUCUGCUUUCGGAUUCUAAUUCCGAACGAUUAUUACGUGAAGGUGUUGCUGCUACUGUAGCUGCAGUAUUUGGUUUAAGCAAUUGUGCUGGUACCAUAGGAGGAGGUGGUGUUAAACAUCGUGAUCAUGGCCAUGGCCAUUGGCGAUUUAAUGAUAAACGAACAUCAGGUUUACGUGGAUCAAAUAAAUUACAACAAUCACAUAAUCAUCAUCAAAAUGGUCAUGAUAAUCAUCAUAGUAAUAGUAAAUGUUCAGCUGAUCAUCAUAAAGAGAAUCGAAAUAUGGAAAUAAGAAAUAGUGAUUCGAACAAAGAAUCGAUAAUCGAUUCAACAUUUCGAUCAAAUCUUGGUUCAUAUUUAAUGACCACAUCCGAUCCUAGUCAAUAUUUGAGUAUUUCCGAUCUAAGUAUACCAUCAUCCUCAUCAUCAUCAUCAUCAUCAUCGUUGAUUCUAUUAAAUCCAGAUUCUUUUUAUGAAAUAUCAGCCGGAUUAUUAUUUACCGGUGUAAAAUGGAUAAAAAAUUUACCAUCAUUUGCUAGUCUAGGAUUUCGAGAUCAGAUUGUUCUGUUGGAAGAAUCAUGGACAGAAAUAUUCUUAUUGAAUGCUAUACAAUGGAGUUUACCAUUGGAUAAAUGUUCAAUAUUUUCAUCACAAAACAUACCAAAUGGUAAUGAUUAUGUACCGGAAAUUCGUGUACUUAACGAUAUGUUUCAAAGAUUUCGUAUUAUGGCCAUUACACCGACAGAAUUUGCCUGUCUAAAAGCGCUUGCUUUAUUCAAACCAGAAGCACGAGGCUUAAAAGAUGUAACAAAAAUUGAACAGAUGCAGGAUCAAUUACAAUCAAUGCUAUUACAGCAAAUGAUGAAGAAUCAAAAUCAGGACACCAGUACCACCACCACCACCACCAGUACCAACACCACCAAUCCGAUUAGAUUUGGUAAAUUACUUUUGCUCUUAUUAUCAUUGAAAAUCAUUCCAACUGAAAAGAUAGCAUCUAUUUAUUUCAAAAAAGCGAUUGGAAAUACAACUAUUGAAAAAUUAUUAUGCGAAAUGUUUAAAUGUUAAUGCUGAAUCCGAAUGUGUUUGGUGAUUGUUUGAAGGUAAAAAAACCUAUAAAACAAAGAAAAAAAUACCAGAUCGUUUACCAUAACUAUUUCCACCAGAUGGCACCAUGUCGCCUGUAUUUUUUAAAAAUCGAUGGAUCGAAAAA